AUGGCUGUGCAUUCCACCAAAGUCUUGGCUGCACUCUUGGCAGCUGCUUGCCUUCAGUGGUCCGUCGCCGAGCCAGAGCAUGAGGGCAACUGCGCCAUGCAAGUGGGAAUCCGACGGAAGUCCGGCGGUGACUUCGGUGACGAUGACACGCCAGCAAAGGUGGCAGAGACUCCAAAGGCAACUGCUAGCGAGGCGACAGCGGAAGAACCGACAGCAGAGGAACCCAUGGCUGAGGAAAUUGUCGCAGAGGAACCCGCGGGAGAGGAACCCGCAGCAGAGGAAUCAGCCGCGGAGGAACCUACUGCCGACGAGCCUGAGCCCGUCGCCGAGAUUCCCGACGUAGAGGAAACCGCUGCCACCGUCGCCGAACCUGCAGACGAGGCAGAAAUCGAGAAGCCUGCGGUGGAGGAGGCAUCCGAUGCCGGCAUCUACUCCGAAGCUACCGGUGCAAGUGGAGCCAAGAAGCAUCCAGCCGCCAAGGGCCAUGGAAACUGGGCGCAGGCCCACAAGAAGGAAGCCACCCAUGGCAAGGCGUCGGCUGGCAAGUCUGUUGGAGGAAAGAAAGCAGGCAAGUGGGCGGGCAAGUCCAACCAUGCGAAGGCGGCAAAGGCCAACACAACCGACUCUGACUUCGUGCAGGUGAUGAUUGACAGGUUCUUGAACAAGAAGGUCCCACCCAAGAACGAGGAUGUGUCGGAACAUGCCCCCUUGGUCUUCAUGCACCAACACCGCGCCGGAGGCACCACUAUGCGAAAGCUGCUGUACAACCAGUCCGUGAACAUGAAGCUGACGCCGCACAUCAUGUGCUCCGGUGGUGUCUCUUGCAGGGAGUUUAAGAACAACGAUGCCAAAGCCGCAGUCUACGGAGGCCAGUUCUGCUGGCGAGAGCUCAUGGACAGCUUGCCGGAGAAGAGGGUUUCCUGUUUGACCAACUUCCGCGAGCCUGUGGCACGCAUCCAAUCCUGCUACCACAACCGUCUUGUUCACACGAAGAAGAUUGCUCCGGCAUGCAUGGGCAAGUUGGAGCCGAGCAAGUUGAAGUCCCUGCUGCAGAACUACGGUUGCGUCAACGAGCCUUUCCGGCGCCUUGGUCAUUGUGGUCUCAAGCCAGCCGAUGCCAAGGACAAGAAGGCCCGCAUGCUGAGCUGGAACACGACCCUUGAGCACCUUGCCGAAUGCGUACCUGUCUUGGUGGACAAGCAGGAGACUUACGCGGCUGCCGUGAAGUAUUUCCCGCAGUUCAAGCAGGUCUUUUGGCAGAUGAAGAAGCUGAAGCUGAACGAGAACGAAAACACCGAGGAGUGCGCAAUCCCGGACACCCACAUGGCUGUCAUCAAGGAGCUUGCGUCAGAGGAGCUGCUCUUGUACGAGGCCGCGCACGCACGUGCCAAGAAUCUGAACAAGCAUUUCAGCUGA